CUUCCGGGUUGCUACACUGAAAUCCCCUUCACGCAUGCGCGGUAAGCCAGCCUGUCAAUUCGAAACCAAGCGAGGGAAAACAGCAACUUCAGCUUCCGUCGCUGUGACGCCAUGCCCGUCCACGCGCUGUCCCAGGGGGCGGGGCCAGGCACCCAGGUACCCACACACCUGACCAGGAUUCCCAUCUCUCUCAUCAACACCAGCACCGAGUCCUCCAACAAAACCAUUAAGGGGAAAGUGGUUCGUAAAGGCCCGCUGGUGUCGUUAGCUGCUGACAACUUCAUCCUGAAAGCCGUCAUCCAAGAUGUAAAUUCAUCCCUCUCUGCUCUUUCAGUUUUAUAAUCCCUGAUUUCUCUGCUUGUUGUUGGAUCUUGUGUUCUCCUGCAGGAUGUUCUGGCGGUUUCUGGCUUCACCGUGGGAAAAUCUCCAACCGCUAAUAAGGACAAGCUGCACCCGUGUAACCUGCUGCUGUCAGGAGACGACGCCUGUGUUUAUGUCUUCCGCCUGCCGACUCCUCCCGACCCCGGAUCCCAGCCAGCCGUCAAGAGGAACUCUGCGCUCUCUGCUCAGGUGUCCAGAGGAGCCAAGGCGCCAAAAGUCACAUACGUCAAACUGGGCGAACUGAAGGCUGGACCUGCAGUCAACGUAUACGGAGUGGUGACGUUCUUCAAACAGCCGUACAAGUCCCGCGGCACAGAUUUCUGCUCCAUCCUGAAGAUCACAGAUCAUUCCAAACAGGAGAUCCUUUGCAAAAUCUUCUGUAAGACGCUGGAGGACCAUCCCAAAGUCUUCCAAGUCGGAGACAUCGUCCGCCUGCACGGAGUAAAGCCUCACUCCUACAGAGACACCAUCGAGCUCGUCAAAACAUUCGGUUUCUCCGCGCUGACGUUCGACGGCCUCGUCGGCAGACCCGUAGAGCCCCGGACCUCCAGCCUCUCCUUCUACUUCGACCAGGAGGACCGACGGGUGGUGGAGGAGCUGCGAUCGUGGGCUGCGUCCCAGAGUUUCCUCCCUCCUGUUACCACGCUCCCUCUGUCUGCCAUCGAGCCCAAAGUUUACUUCGACCUGACCUGCCAGCUGCUGUCCAAGGCUCCCGUCGACACCACCUGCACGCUGCUGAGGGUCUGGGAUGGGACCAGGUGUCCUCACGCCCUGCUGAAGGUGAUGGUGGAGCCGGACGUCACAGAGGGGCCGUCCUCCUUCUCCGCAGAGAAAGAAAGCCUCAUCGCCAACGUCCUCGUCUACGACAACCACGUGGAGUUCGCCAGGCAGCUCAAGCCGGGCGACUUCCUGAGGAUCUACAACCUCCGUGCGAUCACAGGAUCCAACAAAGCGCACGGCCUCACCUCCAGCCAGACCGUGGAGUCGGAUCACAUGGCUUUUCAUCUGCACGGAGGGACGGCGUACGGCAGGGGGAUCCGGGUCCUUCCGGAGGACAGUGCAGACGUGCAGGAGCUGAAGAGAAACAUCAAGGCAGAGGAGGAAGAGCUCAAUGACUCUGAGAUGAUGGAGAUCUGGUCCACUCCGCCAGAGUCUUUGGACCCCGUCCCCGAGUCCAGCAGGUCUUCAGAUCGAAGAUGUGGUCACAACAUUCAGACGGUGACGCUCUCCCAGCUGAAGCGGUCUAAUCAGGGUGGAGUCCACCACGUCAGAGUCCAGCUGAGAUCCUACGAGCCCUGCAGACUCUACCAGUCUCUGAAACUCCACUGCAGGAAGUGUUCCACGAUGCAGGAGGUCCCAGAUGACGAACUGGUUGCUGGUCUCUUCUCUGAGGCAUCCAGGACUUCAGGAUCCUGCAGCCCCCCGGCGUGGGGGCUCUCCGGGCAGAUCGAAGACUUCAGGAAUGGAGGUCUUGGAGUUCAUCUGUUCCCCCAGCUCGUGUCUGAGGGCAAAGCGAAGGAGCUCAUCUUCCUCAGGGGUUCGACUCUGGAGGAAACGUGUCAGCUAGCAUCCAGCUACCAGAGCAUCAUCCCUGUGAGGUCAUCGGGAGGUCAGCUGACUCUGCUGGACUUGGCUGCACCUUUUCUGUUCAGAGGCAGGAGGAGAUACUACGGGUGUCGCCGCUGCUCCAAACCCGCAGUGUGGGAUCAAAGCGCAGAGGGACUCGAGCUGAUCGAUGAGAAGACCAUCGCAGAAGCUCUGGGCGUGCAGCUGCUGCACUUCGUCCUCCUCAUGAAGCUGGAGGUUCAGGACGCCACGGACUCCCUGGACGUCUUCCUGUGGAGGGGCGCUGAGAUGUUCUUCGGCGUGUCGGCAGAGGACGCAGCAGCCAAUCAGGAGGCUCAGGACAGCAUACGGCAAACAAUGGAGGCACUCUGUCCACCAGGGGGCAGCACUGGUGAGCGUCCCUGGUUAGAUCUGUGUCUGACGGCGUACCAACCGAAAGAAGACGGAGGACAAAACCAAACCUGCUACCAGAUCUGUCAGACCACCGUCACCAAACCUCCGCCCACACGCCCGAACCCCAACCCCGCCUGAAGCCCCCUGUAGGUCAAAGGUCACCCCUGAAAACCUCUACAUCACAUCCUGUUCUUUGUUUUAUCUAAAGUUACUCUGCAGAGCUCCAAACUGUCUCCUGUUGGGCUCAUGUAGCCUUUUAAUGACUCUUUCAAAAUAAAAGAAGUUUGAAUCCUUGA